UCUUCCGAAGACGACAAGCAGACGUUGAAAAUCACCUCUUGUCGACGGUCGGAAUCGCACCAACAUGGCCUACCAGAGUCCGCAGCGAGCAUACACUACCAUCAUCCAAUGUCUGCUGGGUCUCACUCUCAGUCUAUCAUUUCAGACCGCCUGGUCCGCGUCGGACCCAGGUGUUUUCAUUCAACUGUGGUACUGUAACGAGAGCGCUGCCGCGAAUCAUGCGUGGAAAUUCGGAACGGAUGCCUACCCCAACCGUCGCAUCGCGCGCGCAGACAACUCGUCGCUUGUGGUGACCAUAGAGAAGGCUCAGAACAAGAGUGGCACGAUCCUGCAACUGUCGCUUGCCUCGCCAGUCGGACAUGCCUAUGCUCAACAAUUCCAGUAUGAUCCGGGCUAUAAUCACGUUGUGAGUUUGAUGAACAAAUUCUGCAUCACUGCCAGGUACAAUACGCCAGGGUCCGCUCUGGUUAUUGACAAGUGCAACACGAGCAAACCUGGCGAUCCGCGCCAGCAGUGGAAAUACGAUACAGCGGCUGGGCAAAUACGGCUAUUAGCCAACUCGUCAUUAUGUCUAGAUGCCGGCUCAACGUACAGCUGCUCAACGAAACCGUUCAGUUCCAACACGUACUGCAACCCAGCAGCAUCUGUGGUUGACCGAAUUGAUGACUUACUCCCACGGCUGACGCUUGGCGAGAAAGCGCAGUUCUUGGUCGCAAGGGAACACACGAACGGCGGUGUUCCUCGUCUCGGAGUUCCUGCAUUUCUGUACGGUGAAAGCCUUCAUGGAGUGAACGCCUUCUGCGGAGAUGCUGCCCAGGGUUCUACCGGCUGUGCCACUUCAUUCCCACAUGCGCUGGGACUGGCAGCGACAUUCAAUCGUACACUUUGGACAAUGGUUGGUGAGACAAUCGCAACAGAGGGCAGAGCAUUGCAUAACCAGGGAAAGAUAGGUCUGUCCAUGUGGGCUCCCGAUAUCAACUUGUUCCGGGAUCCCCGCUGGGGAAGAGGACAAGAAGUUCCAGGAGAGGAUCCAUACUUAUCUGCAGAGUAUGUUGCACACUAUUCACGUGCUUUGCAAGAAGGCGAAGACCCUCGCUAUCUCAAACUCAUCUCAUCCUGUAAACACUUCAGUGCCUACGAUCUUGAGCACUGGGGCAACGUGACACGCAAUGAAUACAAUGCAAUUGUCGGCGAGCAAGACUUAGUGGAGUACUACUGGGUACCGUUCCGCUCUUGUGUCGAGCGUGCUCAUGCCAAGUCCAUUAUGUGCUCUUACAAUGCCGUGAACGGGGUACCAAGCUGCGCCAAUUCUCUCUUCCAGAAUGAGAUUGUCCGUGAAGAGUGGGGAUUCGAUGGGUUCUUUGUCAGUGACUGUGGUGCCAUCAGCAACAUUGGUGGCACACACCAUUACACGAACUCCUCCGGAGCUACCGUGAAGGCCGCCAUUGAAGGUGGAACCGACACAAACUGCGGGAUGACGUACAUGAACUUCCUUGCCAUGGCCGUUGAUGAUGGCUUUGUUACGGAGGCACAGCUGGACGUCUCUGUACGUCGCGUGAUGGAAUACAUGUUCCGUCUAGGCUACAUGGACCCAGCCGAGGACCAACCAUAUACGAAAAUUGGGCCUGACAAGGUUGACACCCCAGUUCAUCGCCAAAUUGCCCUGGAAGCUGCGCAGCAAAUGAUUGUCCUGCUGAAAAAUGACAAGAGCACACUGCCUCUCUCCGUGAACAAGGUGAAAUCGGUAGCAGUGAUUGGACCCCAGGCCAACGCCACACAGGAUCUGCUAAGCAACUAUCACGGAACAAAUACUCUGGUUAAUUCCCACUCUGUUCUAGCUGGAAUAAUAAACCUAGCUGGCCAGGCAGUGUCAGUAGACUAUGUAGCGGGACUUGAGGAUGUUGCAUCCAAUGAUACUUCAGAGUUUGACGAGGCAGCUGGUGCUGCUAAGAAGUGUGAUGUAGCCAUCAUUUGCAUCGGAAUGACAACAAAACAAGAGUCCGAAGGACAUGACCGCAUGGAUCUUCUUCUCCCCGGUGCUCAGCAAGAAUUAGUUGAUGCAGUUCUCAAAGUACAGCCAAACACUGUUGUGGUGUUGAUCAAUGGAGGACCAUUAGCCAUUGACUCCAUCAAAGAGAAUGUUCCGGCAGUCCUGGAAGCCUUCUAUCCCGGAGAACUUGGUGGAGAUGCUGUCGCUGAUGUUCUCUUUGGCAAAGUGAACCCGUCAGGCCGUCUACCAACCACUGUGUACCCAGCUAGCUACACUGAUAGAAGCUAUUUUGAUAUGAACCUGCGAGACAAUGGUGGCUGUACCUAUCUACAUUAUACUGGAGAUGCACUUUGGGAGUUUGGAUAUGGUUUGUCAUACACAACAUUUAGCUACAGUUGGGAGAGUGGCAGCAUCGGCGAGUCAGUCAUCCAUGUGGAUACGUCAACGGCAGCAUCAGUAGGAGAUACACCACUGAUGUACACAGUUGUUGUGAAGAAUACUGGAGAUGUAGCUGGAGCGGACAGUGUGUUGGGAUUCCUGAAGUCGAGCAAUCAAUCGGACGCACCAAUUCGUGAACUGUUUGACUUUGGUCGUGUGUAUCUGCAGGCUGGAGAAUCAGCAACUGUGCAUUUGACAGUUUCUCCUCAGACAUUGUCCUUGACAGAUCGUGAGGGAGCACAGAGUAUUCGCAGAGGAGAAUACAGUGUAGAAGUAGGAGAUCUGAGAGGGAAAUUCAUCGUUGAUGGUGGGGAUGUGGAGCUGUUUAGCUAUCCUCGUAUCAAGCAACGGCAUGAGCAACAGAUGCGAACAUGAACCCAGACUGCGGGUAUACUUGUAGUCAGGACACUGGAAUGCAGGUCAUUCUAUCCGUUAAUUUCAUCUCUAUUUCGUAUCGACUUCUGACGAUGAUCAAACUAACUCUUGCGCAUUGUGUUUGUCAUCAUGUGCGAUAGAAACAAUAG